CAAAUCUCCGCCUCGUUCUCCACAUGUGAUUUUAUAGAAAACGUCGAUGAGAAUGUGAUUUUGUGCACUUUACUGCAUAAGCUUCGACUACGUCAGAGAUUCACGAGGCAGGUUGGGUUCCGCCUCAGUUUGAUUAACAUGGUGUGGAAUCCCAUUCACUACUUUCAACUAAAUCGUUUAAGGCGCUGUCGCAAGUCUUUAUGUUGUUGCAAAGUGAGGGAUGCUCAACCCAGCCCAGAAGAAAGUUUCUCCUUAGUAGAGAAGAUGUCACUUGAAAACGAAAAAGACAACGUGUUUUGGAAGACUCUUCUCGAGCAUAAAGUACCAAAGAAAAAGCUGAAGAAGAAGAACACGAAACUGAGUAAUGCGAAAGAACUGGCACUCAAGUAUCAUGUCAGUAAGGAAGACGUCGAGAAGAUCUACAAAAUCUUCGUAUCUAUGGAUGAUGAUGGAUCCGGGACCAUCACUGCCAACGAAAUAGCCCAAAUGCUCUGCGGAUUCGGCUGCGAUGUUUCGCCGAAAGUCGUCCAAGCCGUGAUGCGAUCUUCAGAUAAAAGUGGCGAUGGAGAGAUUGAUUUCGAAGAAUUUCUUACUGCUAUAACUUCAAAAAUAAAGCUGAACAAUUGCAAAGCUGAAAUCCAGGCGAUGUUCAACAAAUUCGAUAGAGAUAAGGAUGGCUUGCUUUCCGCAGAGGAGUUGGUUGUAGCAUGGAGUGAAACCCUGAAAACCAAGAUAACAGUCAAAGAAGCUGCUGCACUCAUUCAACAAGCCGAUUCGGAAGGAAAAGGAGCAGUCACUGUGAACGAAUUUAUCACAAUGUGUCAGACUGUAUAAAUGACAUCUUUGUACUACGUUAUAUUUGUGUUAUCGUGUAAUUUGUGAACCAUACGGUCUACAUCAUGCUAUGCUAUGCAUUUUUGUACAUUCAUUCUGGAUAAUUUAUUGGCAUGCCUGGUACCGUCGCCUUCCAUCGUACUUCCAUGUCGAUCUCGAUACUUGACUGAACUCUCUAUAGUCUUCCUUUAACACUAGCAGAAACAUUCUCAAUGUGCAUUGUAAACCUAACG